AAUGGCGGACGUUCCUAGCGAUGCACCUGAACAUUGCCCUGGUACCACCAGUGAGCAGGCCGGGAAGUCAUCGGCGUGUCAAGGAUGUCCCAAUCAGACAAUCUGUGCGUCCGGAGCAGCCAAAAUGCCAGAUCCCGCCAUAGAAGAAAUCAAGCAGAAAAUGGCCACUGUAAAGCACAAGGUUCUGGUUCUUUCCGGUAAAGGAGGCGUGGGGAAGAGUACCUUUAGCGCACACCUGGCUCACGCUCUGGCCAGCGAUGAAUCCAAAGAGGUAGCACUGUUGGAUGUUGACAUAUGUGGGCCGUCCAUUCCAAAGAUAAUGGGUUUGGAAGGAGAGCAGGUCCAUCAGAGUGGGUCUGGUUGGUCCCCUGUGUACGUAGAGGACAACUUGGCUGUCAUGUCCAUCGGCUUUUUGCUCAGUGGCCCUGAUGACGCCGUCAUCUGGAGAGGACCAAAGAAGAACGGCAUGAUUAAACAGUUCCUGAGGGAUGUGGACUGGGGAGAGCUGGACUAUUUGAUUGUGGACACGCCUCCAGGCACAUCAGAUGAGCACCUGUCCAUUGUGCAGUAUCUUAACGCUGCGCGUAUCGACGGUGCCGUUAUUAUUACUACUCCGCAGGAAGUGUCACUUCAGGACGUGAGAAAAGAGAUCCGAUUCUGUCAGAAGGUGAAGUUGCCUAUCAUCGGUGUUGUGGAGAACAUGAGUGGCUUUGUUUGCCCAAAUUGCAAGAAUACUUCCCAAAUCUUUCCACCAUCAACAGGAGGGGCGCAAAAGAUGUGUGAAGAACUAAGACUUCCUCUCUUGGGCCGAGUCCCUCUGGAUCCACGAAUCGGGAAAAGCUGCGACGAGGGAAAGUCGUUCCUCGGUGAGGUGCCCGACUCCCCCGCGGCGAAGGCCUAUCACAGUAUAGUGCAGAGUAUUAAAGAUUACUGCUCUUCACGAAGCACACAGUAGGUUUUUCUCCUGUUCCAUCUAAGAAAGAAGAGUGUGAAGUCUCCCACCUCUGACAUCUCCACAGCCGUGGACGAGACUCAGUAAUGAAGAGCGUCUUCACACAGCAGGCUGCAGUCUUCCUUUGGCUACAUCUCAGUAGUGUGUCACUGUUUAAAUGAAUGGAAUUAUACACAUAUUACUCUCUGCCUAUUCAGCAAUAAUUGUUAGAAAAGCGUCAUAUCAUCUUUAACAGAUUUCUUAGAGGGUUUUAAGAGGGAUUGUUGCUAAGCACUGAUGUUUGACUGAACCUGAAUGUGUGUUAAAGUCUGCGCGGAGCCUGAGAUUGUAAUCACGUAUGGAUUAAAUUUGUAACCAAGUUGAGUUUGCUUAGUAGGCACCUUGAUAUUCUGUUGGAAAGCAAAGAUUUUUAGAAAUAACCUAUCACCAGGUACAGGUGGGAUUCAGUCAGUCUCUGAGACACUUUUUCACUAUGUACA